AUGCGCCGGCUCGCAUUGAGUCAGGAAGAUAAAGAUGUUAGAGACUGGCUUGUGCAGGAGUGCAAAUCGCUGGGUUGCAAUGUGAAGGUCGACCAGAUGGGAAAUAUAUUCGCGACUCGAGCGGGCGCCUCGAAAGACCAUAAGCCAAUCGGCAUGGGUAGCCACUUAGAUACUCAGCCGGCUGGAGGAAGAUACGAUGGAAUCCUUGGUGUACAGUCAGCCCUAGAGGUGCUCCGAACUUUGGAAGAAAACAAGAUCGAAACAUACUGUCCGAUUGCGCUGAUCGACUGGACGAAUGAAGAAGGAGCGCGCUUUCCAGGGGCAAUGAUGUGCUCUGGAGUUUGGUCUACAAAGUCGUCUACGGGACUGGAGGGUUGCUACGCUGUCAAGGAUACUGAGGGCAUAUCGAUGAAGAAGGCAUUGCAAGAUACGGGAUAUUUAGGCGAAACACUCUGUGACUACCGUGAGAAUGGAUUAGAGAGCUACUUUGAAUUACAAAUCGAGCAAGGGCCCAAGCUCGAGAAUGCCAACAAGAAAAUCGGUGUAGUGACUGCAGUCCAGGGAAUGAAGUGGUUCGCUGUCAGGGUGUCAGGCGUAGAAGGACAUUCUGGGACAACUCCAAUGAAUGGUCGUUCAGAUGCUCUUGUCACAGCUUCAAGGAUGAUAACGGCAGUCAGUGAGACCGCUAAGUCAACGGAACUCGGAGUUGCGACUGUCGGUGUAAUCUCGAACGAUACACAAAGCCAGGCUACGAUACCUUCAGGAGUGGAAUUUAUAAUCGACGUUCGUUGCUCAACUGACAAGAUGGUCGACGACCUUUGCACAGCAAUCUUCAAGGGGUUCGAUGAGGUAAUACAGAAAGAAGGCAACAGCACCAGAUAUGAAGUUGUUCGAACGUGGGGUCUUCCUGAAUCUAUCUUCCAUGAAGAUUGUAUUGGUGCUGUACGCUCGGCUGCUAUUGACGAAGUUGGACCUUCGCAGAUUAUGGAUAUGAAGAGUGGAGCGGGUCAUGAUGCUGCGUGGACGAGCAAAGUUGUGAAGACAACGAUGAUCUUCGUCCCCUCAAAAGAUGGAGUCAGUCACAAUCCAGCGGAGUACACGAGUCCUGAAGACUGUGCCUUGGGAGCUCAAAUCUUGUUGCAGGCUGUUCUCCGGUACGAUGAGAAAGUAAAGCAAGGUUACAUAUCAUGA